GCAAAGGCUCGCUGUCUUUCUCCACAGUCCAGGGGCAGUAACGCCAGCCGCCGAUCCCGCCCGCCAGACACUUGCAGAGCCAGUGCAGGCAUGGGCAUCUGCCACAUAUGUCAUUAUGUUUGCAGAGUGAUUCUUGCAAUGAAACUGUCUGUAAAGCUUUGACAGAAGUUGGGAUAAGGGCUGCGGCAUGUUCCCUACAGCUAAGAAAUGAUGUUACUCCAACUUGUGACUGCAGCCUUGUGCCUGGGAGUGUCUGUUUCAGUUUCUGCACCUGGUCCAGAAAAAGCCUUUGAGAUUCCACCAUGGAAUUUUACGAUGUUUUGCACACUGCAAAAGCAGGGAGCUAUUGAAAAACACAGAAGCUGGCAGCCUCGGGAGCACAGGAAUUCAAGCAGCCUCCACUCUUCACUUAGCGAGCAUAUGAGAAAUGCAAAUAUAUCAUGUUCAAAGGACCAAGAUGGCUUUGGUUGCUGCCUCUGGAAAGAACAAUGGCCUGUUCAGCUCAUCAAUGAAGAGAACAGUAUCAGAAUGGACAUCAGGUGUUGGGCACAUGAAGACCUGACACUGUUUAUCUGUACAUUGAACCCACAAGAUUGGAAGAUGCACACAUUUGCAAAGUACAGAAUGAAGCAUCGGGACCUGCUGUAUUUUGACCAGAAGGAAAGCAAUGUUUCGACUUGCGUUAGUAACUGUCUACAGCAGCAUGUAAUUAAAUGCACCAUAUCUGCCCUUGAUCUGAAUCGCAAGUAUCUCAUUUGGAUAGAGCUGAUAACCGAUUCAGGAUCCUUACAGUCACCUAUGAUGUUAGUAACUCCAAUAAAUGUAGUUAAGGUAAAUCCUCCCAUUAAUCUACGGACGGAAAUGACAGUUGAAGGAAUUUUCAACCUUAGCUGGUCAAGCCCAAGUUCUGAACCAUACCUGCUCCAGUAUGAAGUAAAAUACUGCACAGGCAUCCCAGAGAGAGUCUGGAAGAUUAAGGAUGUCUGGCAAAACUCUUUGAUGCUUCACAAUUUGGAGAGUGACCUUUCUUAUCUUAUUGUCAUUCGCUGUAAACGUCGCGAUGGCCCGGGGUUUUGGAGUGAUUGGAGUGAACCUCUGCAUGUGAACGUACAGGCAAUUACAUAUUACCCAUCUCAAGUGCUGGCAACUAUUGGCUCGGAUGUUACUGUACGGUGCGUUUUCUACAAUCCCCUGACCAAUUAUAAUGUUGUCUGGUGGUUAAACAUGAAUGAGAAAAUUCCCGAAGAUCAUUAUUCUUUAAUCAAUAAUCAUGAAACCAGUGUUACUCUCUUCAAUGUAACAUCAAAUGGACAGUCUCAAUUCAACAUAUUGCAGUGUUGCCUUCAAAAUGAAGAAAGAAGUAUUUGUAACUUUCGCUAUGCAGAAAUAGUUAUAUUGGAUACAAAAAUUAAUAUUUCAUGCGAGACCGAUGGUGCAUUGGAAAGAAUGAUCUGCAGAUGGCACUCAAGUCUCUGGAAACCAGAAGCAGCCAGCAAUUACAAGUUAAAAUAUUACAUUGAAGAGUUUUGGUGUGAUAACCUGGAAAUUGAAAACAAUAGCGUUGAUAUUCAAGAAUGCCGUGUGCUGAGGAAUGAAUUUGGCCAAUGUCACAUCAAGCCCAUUAACCUCACUUUUGGCCAUAUCAUGUGGAUGGAAUUCCAAUUUCGUGAGACAACAUUCAAAUCUGCACCAAUCUGUGUGAUUCCCAUGGAAGUAGUGAAACCUUUGGCACCCUCCAAUGUCGAGGCAGAAAUCAUCUUAAAUGGACGUUAUUUAAAUAUCAGCUGGGAAAAGCCAUUUCUUCCACCCUAUGCACAUCUGUUUGAAAUUCAGUACUCUGAGGAUGGAAUCAAGAGUAACUGGAAGACUUUAUUUUCUGUCAAUGAAACAUUCGUCACCACUGAAGUAGCUGACCCUUGUGUGAUAUAUAUAGCCCGCGUACGUUGUAUGAGGUUUGAAGGGCCAGGAUACAAAAGCGAAUGGAGCAGUUUGAUCAAUACAAAUGUCACAGACGUCCAGGCACCGACCAUGGGGCCAGACUGUUGGCGAUAUAUUGACAAUGAUCCCUUGACCAAGAAGUCAAUUAUCACUCUGGUGUGGAAGCCUCUGACAAAACGUGAAGCCAUGUGCACCGUGAAGGGUUUUACUUUGAAGUAUCAAUCAAAAGAAAACAUUACCUGGCUGGAACAUGUUGGAGAUGUUACAAGUUACAGCUUUCCUCUGACUAAUGAAAUUAAAAGUGUCUCUGUGAUUGCUUUCAAUUCCAUUGGUUCUUCUGAAAGGAAUUUUAAACUAAUCCUAUCAAAGGACAGCAGCAAAGCAGAACCUGUUCUUGAAUCCCUUCAUGCCUCCGUAAUAAACUCCAGUUGUGUGCUUCUUUCCUGGAGAGUGCUUCCUCUUAACUGCCAGCCAACAUCUUUUGUGAUCGAAUGGAAAAGCCUAGCAAAUAAACAUGCUGAAGACUUGAAAUGGACAAGGGCUUCUGAAAACACCACCAGCGACUGUAUUCAUGACCACUUUUAUUUAUCUGUUGAGUACCAGCUGACAGUAUAUCCAAUCUUCUCUGAAACGGAAGGACAACCAUACAGGAUUUAUAUGACAAUUAACAAUGAAGGGGAGGUGACAAGAGCCAAUAACACUGGAAUGCAGAACAUUAUUUUACCACUUGUAUUUUUAUCCUCCGUUUUAUUGAUUGGAACCUUUUUGAUAUCCAAGCAAAGAAUAAGAAGUCUUGUCUGGAGAGAUGUCCCUAACCCUAACAAAUGCUCAUGGGCUCAAGGAAUUAACUUUAAAAAGUCUGAUGCUAUUGCAAACUUAUUUGGGAAACACAAUAAAGGUGUUCUGCCUGUUGCCUCACAUCUCACGGAAUCAGAAAUAUUUGCUGUGGCGAUCAUAGAAGAGAUUGUACAACUUAAUGAAGACAAAAGUAUAAUUGCCAUACAUUCUGAAAAUGAAGGAGUAACAAAGCAAAAUUCAGACACAUCUAAUAUUCAGGUUCUUUGUGAAAGUCAUAACUUGAAAACGAAAAUGGAAUGCGAUGUGGAAACCAUUUGUGCGCAGUCAAACUCUGAUUAUUCAAAGGUUGUGAUAGAUGUGGAGAUGGAUCUACUUUGCAAAAAACACAAGUGCUCCAGCAACUAUUCCGAUGAAGGUGUAUAUUCAGGCAAUGAAACUGACACCUCUGGUAAUGAAGUUAAUAAUCUGUGGGAAUGUCAAAAACAUAGACUCACAGAGCUAAUCCAAUUUGAUGAAACCCAGUCAAGUUCUAUUACUUCUUCAGAAGGUUUCUUUGAAUCUCUGGAAGAAGAAACCAAAGACUUUUUCAAUGGGAUUGAUGAAGGAGUAGACUUUUGCUAUUUGGAACAGAAUUCACUUAAGAACACUGAAAAAUGUGACACAGGAGGACCCGCUGUCCAAGAGCUGCCACCCCUGGAAAAAUGUUUAUCUCUCAAGUUUCAGAAUCCAUCUGAAACGUAUUCAAUAUCUUACCUGGAAUCAUUGCUGAAAUUCAGCCUGAAUUCAGAUUACCCUCCUCAAAAGCUGCUCAGGUCAUAUGUGCCUCAGUUUCAAACAAAAACUUCUAAACACUUAAAAACAAGCAAUACAGAUGACCAAAUAUCAUCUAACCAUCUGAAAGGUUUGCCUGCGAUUGACUAAGGGUUUGUGUUAGUCAUUACUUUCUAUGGUUUUGUGUGCUUUAAAUCCAUUCCAAACCCAGGAUGGGUGUGUUCCUGAGUUGCGGCCUCGUGUGUACUGAACACUUCAUUCUUGCAUCCUUUUAUUUCUGUGGCCUAAUAACACGGGAAAGAUUAGUAAGACAGUGCAAUUAAUUCAUCGAAAGUCACAGAAGAAUAAAUAAAUCAAAAAUUAUUGCUGGGAUAUAGGAAUGGGCACUACUGGAAUUAAGUUCCGCUCUAUUGCUUGAAAAUCACUAACUGAGGUGCUACAAUUUGAAAGCAGUCUGGAUUUCAAUAUGAUUACAAUGCAGAAGAGAGAUGGAAGAUGCAAGACGACUACAUUUCAGAAGAGGCAUUACAUCGAUGAUCAAUCAACAGAGAGUAACAUUUGUUCAGGAGUUGGAAUCUUCAGCUUAAAAUCUGUCAUAAUGUGCUUUGAUGAUUUAUAUGGUUGGGCAUUACAUUGAAACAAUCGAGUACAAAUCUUGUAAGAUUCCAUAAGUGCAUUUGAAUGUACAGAACUCUGAGCUGGCAUUGUCAAUAUACCCUGACACCACUUCUGCCUUAACAAUGUGCUAUACAAAUGGAGGCUCACUAUUGAUACACCAUUACCUUUUCCUUCAAUGGAUAAAUACAUU